GCCCCCAACUUCACACUGUACAGCUGCACUGUGGCUUCGCUGUUUUCGCUGUUUUGUUUUUGUUUUUUAGCGUUAGCUUCCUUCCGCCAGUGUCCUGUAUUUCACAGCCUCAGUUUCUCCAAAAGCCGCCAUGAAGCGAAUUUGCAACACGAAACGGUGUUAAUCCUUCGUUUCACCUCGACGGUCUUAGUUCAUGUCGAAGAAGCGCAGAAGAAGACGGAACUGUGUGCUUUAAACCAGCUUUCACGGUGAACUAGCUGCUUCACUUCGCCUUCGUUUUCCUUUGUUUUGCAUUUGCUGUCAGACUGACGUUAGUUCUGAAUGAAAAUACCGAGGAAUGACAGACAUGGAGAGGAGAUGGGAUGUUUCCAGCUGUACGGACUGGAUGUCACAGCUGCCUCCACAGCUCCUGGAUGUUCCUCUGUGGGAUCUCGCCAUUCCUGGAAGUCAUGACACCAUGACUUACUGCCUGGACCAGCAUUCCUCAGUACUGCGUUCACAGCCCAGGAUCCUGAGAGUGCUGGACCACAUCGUGCCCUGUAUCAUUCGGCCUUGUGUGAACAAGUGGGGCACCACUCAGGGCCUGGUCAUUUCCACCCAACUGGAUUCAGGAAUUCGAUUCCUUGACCUCAGGAUUGCCCACAAGACGAAUGAUUCCGAUCAGACCUUUUACUUCGCCCAUGGGAUAUACUCUUUGGUUACUGUAAAGGAGGCGCUCAGUGAUGUUGCCCACUGGUUAGAGCAGCAUGCUAAGGAAGUGGUCAUCAUUGCUCUUUCUGCUUUUGAUGGUGUGAAUUCUGCCCAGCACAAUAAACUCAUUGACUUCCUGAAAAACCUCUUUGACAAGAAGCUCUGUCCCAAAACAGAAGUACCCACACUGAAAGCAUGCUGGACUCAAGGCUAUCAGGUUAUUCUAUCGUACGAUGACUCAGCUGGGAGUGGUCACAAGGAGCUGUGGCCAGGGUGGGAUUACUGGUGGGCCAAUGAGUCUGACCCAAAUGUGGUUAUAUCAUACCUGGAGCAAAAAAAAGAGACAGUGGGAAGACCAGCUAUUUUCUUCGUGGCUGGUCUGAACCUCACUGAGGACAUCAAGUACGUCCUUUGCCAUCUCGGCCAGUCUAUGAAGAGCAUGACCCUCAGGGCCUACGGUCUGCUGCUGGACUGGGUAAAACAGCAGCGGCCUGGCCGCCAGAAAACAUGUCUCAAUGUCAUCUGCGCAGACUUUGUUGGGGUUUCAAGAAAUGAAUUCACUCAGCUAGUUAUUGCACUUAAUAGAAAACUCUUAAAAGAGGAGUCCUCAGGGGAGCCUACAGAAAAAAUCUUGACAACUGGCUUGACAUCCAGACUGCUGGAUUAAGUCCAGGUAGAGAUGUAGGAGUUCAUUCAACUGGGGAUUUUGCUGUGUACUGUGAUUAGAUGGCUAAGCAAAGCAAAAUUACAUACCUUCCCCUGUUAAGGUGCAGGUGUGCCCAAAACGGCAUGCAAGGCAUGCAAGUACUUUCAGAACGCACCAGCCAGUUUAUGAGCUUGCACAGGUUGUACAGCAUACAGCUUGCUAAAGUGAAACCCCACUGAUUUUUCAAAAUUUGUGCAUAAUUAUAUGGUUAAGAUGAAAACAAAGUCAUUCAGAGAGGUUUUUUUGUGAGAUGCUCUGUUCUAGAGAAACUUACCAAGUCAAAAUGGUUCAUAGUGGUGAUGAUAAGAACCAGACGUUUAAAGAGUUUAAUGCCUCUAAAAGCAAGAUCACACAAAGUUUUUAAAACAUUGUUUUACAAUCAUUUUGAGAUAUGCUUUUGGGAUGAAGCAUACAAAAUGUUGACACUUCCAGACAAAUAACAGACUUUGUUAAUUCUGUGGAAAUAAGUUAACACAUUCUCUACAGGAACCAUAGCUAAAUAUGACAUUUUCUUGCAAAUUUUAGUGCACAAUUUCUAAGUUUAACAUAUUAAAUAAACGCUUCAGUAUAAAAUGUGCAUGAACUUUUUGCACAGGCCACAUUUUAUGCUUUUUUCCCCUUAAUAAUUUAAAUUCAGCAAAUAACAAUAAUUGUGCAUUAAAAGGUGCAGAAGAGAACAGUAUUCUCUGUUAUUUUCACUUAGCAAACCAACAAAAUUUGACAAAGGGUGCCCAAACUUUUGCAUAGGGCUGUAUUUUUAAAAGUCAUUGUGGAGAGAUACGUGCAGGCUGUUGUAAAGCACUUCAUUAUCCAAAAAGCAUGUAUCACUAUUUUAUCGCUACCAACAUUACAUAUAAAAAUUCAGAAGACACAUUUAGGUUCACUGGAAAUUCUAGAUAGCAAAUAAAUUGGCUAUAUUUGUGUUGUGACAUCAUGACCUCUAGUUCCUGUCACCAGCACUGUAAAGAAACCUGAGUCGGUAUGUUUCUUUGCAGUGAUACAUUUCACAUCAAUUGAAUGACUUUGUGUACAUCUCAGUGAUUGGAUGCAGAAAUUUAGAACUUUGUUCUUUAAAUAAUCUUGUCAGAAUUGUUUUGUUUGCACUGCUAGUUCACCAAAUUGAUUUUAUUUUGUAUGUUUAGAAGCUCAUUUGUAAUAAUCCUUAAAUUUAAAAAUAAAACCUAUACAGUGCAGUUCGGUUUCGAAAGCACAGUGUGUUGGCGACAUCUAGAGGUGAGGAUGAGGUCAUGCAUAUAUGUGCACAUUUCCACACUGUAGCCCAUCCAGUUUGUCAGCUGCCUUAUACUCCAUUUAUCAUUGAUCAGUCACAGUCUGCAUGAUUGCUGUUGAGCGGAUAUUAUUUGAAUGGUGGACCAACCUCAGCACAGCAGUGACACUGACAAGGUAUUGGCAUGGUGACAAAGACCGUAUCACACAGCAGUACUGCUGGGUGAUGUGAGAGUGAUCCACCAUCCAAAAACAUCCAGUCAAGAACGGCUCUGUGGUCAGAUAUUUCUUAGAGGAUGGCUAAUAAAAUCAACUGAUGGGCUGCAGUUUGUAACUGUACACCAGCAAGGUGGAGCUACAAGGUGGGCUUUUCUGACAAAGUGAGUGUGUUUAUGGAGAAUAUACUCAGCCAGCUAAAGUGAGUAAAAUUAAUAAUAAUAAUAUUUUAAUAAAACAACAAGCCUGAAAUGCUUCAGUAUUCUUUCUGGUUCUGAGUCAGUUAGUGUCAGUGUGUAUGAAACGGCACGGUGGGGUCUAAUUUUAGAUGGCCCCUCUCUUUACACUCUAUAAGGUGCUUACUGUAUCUACUUAAGUGAUAAUCCAGUUCACCUGCGCCUUCCAUGCUUGUGGCUUCGUAUUUGGUAAAUAAACAUGAGGCCUUUUAUGUUACUGUCUGUAUGCUUAGUUUCUGUGUUUACCUUUUGAUUUGAUUUGAUAUUUUUAAGGAUUUCCAUGUUGUUUUAAGAUCCUUUAUAUACACUUUAUGUUUCAUUUACUAUUGACUUAUUGUAUGCAAUUCUUGGGUGACUUGAAAAGCACUUACAAAUAAAAUUAUAUUGUUAUUUUUA